AGUGCGUGCGCUUGACAUUGACGAACUCAUGCUGGAUGAAAUUCAGCACGACGGUCAGUGAACCUAAGACUGAGGUUGAUGUAUAAAACAUACAUUAAAAACAAUUUGCACUCUUCAUCAGCUGUUGACUACAAUAGGAUGCCAAAUAUAAAAGUUUUCAAUGGGAGUUCCCACCCUGAUUUGGCCCAAAAAAUAUGCGAUCGACUUGGCAUCGAACCGGGAAAAGUUGUCACAAAGAAGUUCAGUAAUGGAGAGUGCAGCGUUGAGAUUGGCGAGUCUGUUAGAGGAGAGGAUGUGUACAUUGUCCAGAGUGGUUGUGAUGAGGUCAAUGAUAUGCUUAUGGAGCUGCUCAUUAUGAUCAACGCCUGCAAGAUUGCCUCGGCCUGCCGCGUCACUGCAGUCAUUCCAUGCUUUCCUUAUGCUCGACAGGACAAGAAAGACAAGAGCAGGGCACCCAUCUCAGCCAAGCUAGUGGCCAACAUGCUGUCAGUGGCAGGGGCAGAUCACAUCAUUACUAUGGAUCUGCAUGCUUCUCAGAUUCAGGGUUUCUUUGACAUUCCUGUGGACAACCUGUAUGCUGAGCCUGCAGUCCUGAAGUGGAUUAAGGACACCAUCCCUGACUGGAGAAACAGCUGCAUUGUCUCUCCUGAUGCAGGGGGAGCCAAAAGAGUGACCUCAAUUGCAGACCGAUUGAAUGUUGACUUUGCUCUGAUCCACAAAGAAAGAAAGAAAGCCAAUGAAGUGGCUACAAUGGUACUGGUGGGGGAUGUUAAGGACCGCAUUGCCAUAUUGGUGGAUGACAUGGCAGACACCUGUGGCACAUUCUGUCAUGCAGCAGAAAAACUGACAGAAGCUGGAGCAUCCAAAGUGUAUGCCAUCUGUACUCACGGAAUCUUUUCUGGACCUGCCAUAUCUCGUAUCAACAACUCUGUGUUUGAGGCUGUUGUUGUGACAAACACUAUUCCUCAGGAAGAAAGAAUGAAAUCAGCUCCGAAAAUAAAAUGUAUAGACAUCUCCAUCAUCUUGGCAGAAGCAGUGAGGAGGACACAUAAUGGAGAAUCUGUGUCCUAUCUGUUCAGUCAUGUGCCAUUGUAAAUCAUCCAUUGUCCCUCGUUGUAAUGGAGCAGUAGGUCUAUUUGCAGAAUUUGCUGUUGUUUUUCUCCGCCCUCCGCAUGCUGCUUUCUCUCGAUUCUGGCAUCAUAACAGUAGCUAUGUGAUGCAGGCUUUAUUUUUACAAAAUUUUGAGUAUUUUGAAUAUUUUUCUUCAGUAGCAAGCAUGUUCUGUGUACAUUUUUGUUUUCAAUAGAUAAGGAAGGCACAGUCCUGUAGUAUUGUGUGCUAUAUUGCAUGGUUGAGUUCUACAUGUAGUGUCAUACUGCAGAACAGUGUAAUAAUGAAGUCUUCUUUUCAAUAUUUCUCUUUUGAUAUCAUUCUGUAACUUUACUUUCUGCAUUAUAAUCAAAUAAUACCUGCUUUGUGCCAAAAAAUAUACAUAAUUUUACUUUGAUUGGUAAAUGGGAUGUGUGCAAUACGAUUACAUGAAUACAAUGUGUAAGAUGGUUGGUAAUAUUCUUGGUAUUUCUGUGACAAACAUGCUGUGUCUUCUCACUUUCAAAUGUUACAGACUUUUGGGGACCGGUUGUAGAGUCUUUUCAGUUGUCCAUUAGCUAGGUUUUUGUGUCGGCUGCAGUAUGCUAACAUGUAGGGAUCACUUUGUGACCUGUCCAAUGUCUGUCUGUCGUGAUGAGGACAUCAUUCUUACAGUAGAACACUUGCAAGUCUAAUCCAACAAGAUCCUUGGAUAAUGUUCCUAUGCUCUUUAUGUGGUGUUAAAACAAUAAAAAUGAAGUGAAUUGAAAUAAGAAAACAAAAACAUGCAUACACAUGAUAACCGCUGAAUCUCUAGCUGAAACACUCUAAUAAUAAUGUUAGUAAUAAUAUUUAUAUAGCGCCUUAUAUGACUAUAAAUAACCGCUCUAAAGCGCUGCACACAAUACAAAUGAUACAGCAUGUUAUAAAAGUAGUAAAAGGAAAUUACAAUAGCAUUAAGACCGAUAAUAUUAAAACUAUGCUAGCAAAACAUCAAUAAUGUGAAGUAGAAUUACUAAAAUUCAAAACAUGCUGUGCACUAAGAAAGUUUCACGCCGUACAAUCAAGCUACACAACUGAAUGCUUUCUCAUUUUUUUUAUACGCCCUUCUUUAGACGGGACGUAUUAGGGCUAUUCCAGAAAUAAAUACAUGGGGGGGGGGGGGGGUCGGGAGGUACCUUUUGUAAAUACCAAGCACCCAUAAAAAAAAAAUAAAAAAUUACCCCAUGACCCAUCAAAUUAAUAAACUCAUUUUACAAUGACCCAUCUAAAAAAAAAAAAAAACUAACCAGACCCACCACAAAAAUAUUUUUAAAAA